GGAAAAAAAUCUGAAGAAGAAGGAGCGACGGAAGAAGUUGUGCUGUGCAUCCGGUCGUGGCACAUGUGCGUCGCAUCUACACGCUCAAGAACUGGUAAAGAAGACAGAAAAUUUGAGUGUUGACUCAGCUGUUCAAAAACAGACCGAGAUAUGAGGCCAGGAUUCAGUCCCCGAGGAGGUCGUGGAGGAUUUGGUGGAGGAGGAUUUGGUGGCCGUGGAGGAUUUGGUGGCCGUGGAGGAUUUGGUGGCCGCGGAGGAUCCGGUGACCGUGGAGGCCGUGGAGGAUUCGGUGAUCGUGGAGGCCGUGGAGGAUUCGGUGAUCGUGGAGGCCGUGGAGGAAGAGGUGGAUUCAGGUCUCCAGAAGGAGGAGGAUUCAGGGGCCGGGGAGGAGGCAGAGGUACCCCGAGAGGAAGGGGUGGACGAGGAGGCUUUGGAGGAGGAAGGAAAGUCUUGGUGGAGCCACAUAGACAUGAAGGAGUGUUCAUCUGCAGGGGGAAGGAGGAUGCUCUGGUAACCAAAAACAUGGUAGUAGGAGAAUCUGUUUAUGGAGAGAAGAGGAUGAGUGUUGAGGAAGGAGAAACCAAGAUUGAAUACAGAGCAUGGAAUCCAUUCCGUUCGAAGCUGGCCGCAGCCAUCUUAGGCGGAGUUGACCAGAUCCACAUAAAACCUGGAACAAAAGUCAUGUACCUGGGGGCUGCCUCUGGUACAACAGUAUCUCACGUCUCUGAUAUUGUUGGUCCGGAGGGCCUGGUGUAUGCUGUAGAGUUCUCUCACAGAUCAGGUCGUGAUCUUCUCAAUGUGGCAAAGAAACGCACAAAUAUCAUUCCCAUCAUUGAAGAUGCUCGUCACCCACACAAGUACAGAAUGUUGGUUGGCAUGGUGGAUGUAAUUUUUGCUGAUGUUGCGCAGCCAGACCAGACUAGGAUUGUUGCUUUGAAUGCUCACAACUUCCUGAAGAAUGGAGGACAUUUUGUCAUCUCUAUUAAGGCUAACUGUAUAGACUCGACAGCUGCACCAGAGGCUGUGUUUGCCUCUGAAGUGAAGAAGAUGACUUCGGAGAAUAUGAAACCACAGGAACAGCUCACACUGGAGCCUUAUGAAAGAGACCAUGCUGUGGUAGUGGGCAUCUACAGACCUCCACCAAAACAGAAGAAAUAAGAUGUUGGCGCUCAGGAGCAGCUGUAUCAUGUUGAAUAUGUUUGAUGCUUUUCUGUCAAUUUUGGCUGUUGGCUUUUCACGUCAUCACUGCGCAACAACUCAACUUUCAAGACGUGCUACAAAACAUUUGGGCCCAGUACACUUUGGUGACCCACUGGUGUAAAAUUAGGUGAUCUGAAUAUAGCUGUAUUGCACACUUACAAAUACACAUAUGAGUCUAUUAGUACUCUGUUUGGGAUUGAAAAAUUGCGUCGAGCCCAGCUUGUACCCCACCUUUUUUUUAAGUAUCUUGUAUCUUUUCUUAAUAUACUUUUUAUUCUAAUCAUUUGUUUUCUUUUGGUCCCAUGCUUCUGACCCCACAAAAUAUGUUGGGUACAACCAGGUAUAUAUAAAGUUAAUUUCUAAAUAACUAUGGACCGUCAAACGUGGCAGCUUGUGAAGCCCUUUCAAACUAAAGUCUCACCAGUCAGGGUGGUGCAGUCAUUUGCCAUGUAGAAAACACAAGGAGGCUAGACAUUUAAUUUUUAUAGCAUUUCUAAUCAGAUGUCAAGUAACUCAAAGGCGGGAACAAACUUGAAGCAGUUGCUUGUGUAAUCGUUUUUCAUAUAGUUUGUGGAUCUGAUGAAAGAUCUUUGCCUGUGUAAGGGACAUGUACCUUUCACACUGUAAAUAAAGCGUGCUUUCAUGUA